AGGAACAAACAGAAAACCAAUAUUCCUGGGUUGUAUCAGUCUCCCAUGCCUUUGUUGUACACGGAAUCUGUUUCCAUGGUGAAAAAGCUAGGAGCAAAUUCAUGGCUGACAGCACUCAAGAGGGUGUUCAUCAGGUAUCCAAGCAAGGACAGAAAGAGCCGACACUCUAAGCGGGACGAGGAAGAAGAAAAGCAGAAAAGAGACAAGGGAAGAAGAUGGCUGUUCAGCAAAACCGCAGAUGAAAAUAGUGUUGGAGGAGUGGAGAUCAUCAGCCGUACACCGCCGCCUUCUAGAAGGCUGCUCUGCGCGGCGACGGUUAUUCAAACCGCUUUCAGAUGCUAUCUGGCGAAGAGAGCUCUGGUUGCUCUGAAGGGGAUUGUGAAGCUUCAAGCUUUGAUAAGGGGACAGAACGUUCGACGACAAGCACGGAUAACGUUAAAAUGCAUGCAGGCUCUGUUUCGAGUUCAGGAAAGGAUGAGGGAACAGUGUGCUCGGAUUUCGCAGGAUUCCGCCCGGAAAUCCAUGUUUUCAGGCUCUACUAACUCCUGGGAAUCUAAGUAUAUCCGAGAAAGAAAAUCAAUUUUCAGAGAUCAUUGUUCAGUUGGGGAGGCUUGGAGGGACUGCCCGCCGACGCUUCAAGAACUUGAAGUAAUGUUACAAGCCCAAAAGGCUGCUUUUAUGCGAGAAAGAUGCCCUUCUCAGGCAUGGAGUUCAGACACCGAUGUUGUUGACGGAGAAGAAAGAGAAAAGACGACGCCAUUAAAGCAGGGGAAAAGCAGAGCUCCGGCGAUUCAGAGAAGAAAUCCGGUAAAGUCCGGCGAAAUCAACGUCAGAAUUAGAUCACUACAGCACAAGUCAGCUUCUUCCGUUCAAGCGCCGGCGACCCCUUCUCCGGCGAAACCGAAGCCAGUGCGGCCAACAACGAGCCCGGGAAAUCUGGAGAAGAGCCACUCAACGGCAAACACUCCCCGCCUUUGCCCCACGAACCGAUCAGCCAGUUUCGCCCCGCGUUACAGCAUAUCUGGAAUAUCGCCGGGAUAUAUGGCCGCCACGGAGUCGGCAAAAGCCCGUCUCCGAUCACAGAGCGCACCCCGGCAGAGGCCCUCCACGCCGGCGAAGAGAUGCUUAUCUUACUCCAUCUCCGUCAAGAAUGGUGAAGAAGGGGUGGAGAAGCGGUCGGAGUACUGGUGUAAUAAUAAUAAUACAGAGAGGGAGAGCGUUGGGGGAGAGAUUUCGCCAUGUUCAACCACCAAUUCAAGAUGGUGGUGAAGAUGAGAUGAUGUUGUCAGAAAGGAAGGGUGACGAGGAUAGUAAUGUAAUGAUGGUAGUGAUGUGGUUUAGCUUUUGUUAUCUCCUUUGUUUAGGCAAGUGAGCAGUUAAACACUUGACCACUUUAAACUCUACUCACUUAAAUAAAGCUUUAAAUCAGUCA